ACAGUAAAUAGAUUGUAUUUCAGACAGAAGUGACUGAUACUAGUUUGAAACCUUGCUUCAAAUGAAAGUUGUGUAAAUGGGUUAGAACCAGAAAACUGGUAAGGCAGGGAAAAAAAGAGUCAGACAGUGUAGUUGGAGUAUUUCUGGAGCAUGAUAGGGUUUGGUUUUUUUUUUUUUUCUUCUUGAUUUAACAAGUUGAAAAUCUGCUGAAUAAUUCAUGAAGAGUGGAAGGGCUGAAUCUUCCUGGAAUGAUAUACAGUGUGCGUACUGUGGCACAGGAGAAACUGCAAAGCUUUGUAUCAGUUGCUGCCGUUCCUGCUGCCGAUUGCAAGGUGCUGCUGCUUUUGGUGUUUUCACAGCUACAGAAACCUCGGUCGUGUUCUGGUCUGCCAACAGCCAUUCGCCUCCCUAUGGACCCACCUUCACUAGCUACAAUCUGUGGAAUCUCUUGCUGCCUACCUGCCUUGGACACUGCUGUUCUCUGGAUCGUUACUGCAAACUGUGUUUUCUGCACCUUGCAGCUUGUAUGACUGAAACCUGCCUUAGAGUCCCUCAGCUGCACAUCCUCCCGUGUGCUUGGUGAGGACUCCUGCAGCAGAACUUCUGACCCAGACAAGGAUGGGAUUUACAGGGCAAAGUCAAAACUGAGCUGCAUUCAGCGAGAUGCCCAACGCCUCUUCCUGGAGUGCUAGCUCGCCUCUGCUGCUGCUCUGGGAGGACUCCUCCGGGACCCGCAUCUUUCUCUCGCUGCUCUACGCAGUCUUAGCUAUCUCAGGGACUUUAUCCAAUGUGAUGGUCAUCUAUUUAGUCUUCUCCUUCAAGAAGCUGCAGACAACCAGCAAUGCCUUCAUCGUGAACGGCUGUGCGGCAGACCUAAGCGUGUGCGCCCUGUGGAUGCCCCAGGAGGCUGUGCUGGGGCUGCUGCCUCCCAAUUCCUCCUCCCUUCGCUCGGCGGAGUACCGGCUGCUCCGAGGCGGGCUCCUGGGCCUCGGUCUCACCGUCUCGCUGGCCUCGCACCUGCUGGUGGCUUUCAACAGGUACGUGCUCAUCACCAAGCUGCCCAGCGUGUACCAGGCCCUCUACCAGCGGAAGCACACGGGCUGCAUGAUCGGGCUCUCCUGGGCCCUCGCCCUGCUCCCGGUCCCGCUGCUGCCCGGGCUCUGGACCCUGGGUUCGGCCCAGUCGGACGGCAGCUCUCGCUACACCGCCCUGCUCCUGGCCCUGGCCGUGCUGGGCCAGACGGCGCUGCUGCUGCACUGCUACCUCGGCAUCGUGCGGCGGGUGCGGGGCAGCGCCAAGAGGGUCAGCGUCCUCAACUUCCACCUGCUCCACCAGCUGCCCUUCCCCGCCGCCCCGCCGCCGCCCCGCCGCGCCCAGCGCCGCCUCAGCAGCGUCUCCGUCCUGCUGCUCUGCUGCGUGUUCCUGCUGGGCACCCAGCCCCUGGUGUGGGUGAGCCUCCUGGGCUUCUUCCUGCGCCCGGCGCCGCCGGCGCUGCAGGCCGCCAGCUGGCUGCUGCUCUGCUCGCUCUCGGCGCUCAACCCGCUGCUCUACACGUGGCGCAGCGAGGAGUUCCGCCGGGCCGCCCGCUCCGUGCUGCCCCGCGCCGAGGGACCGGGGGCCGCCCCGCGCCCCAGCGCCGCCGCGGGCGCCGCCGCCGCCCCGCCCUGCCCGCAGCUGCCGCGCCGCCGGGGCACGGCCACGGGGAGCGGCGCCAGCGCCGCGCCCGCGCCCGCGCCGCGCUGA